AUGAGUUGUCACACCAGCACGGCCAAGGCCACUGUCCAUAAGUUUGGCGGAACGUGUGUUGCGGCAGCAGAGCGCAUCAGCGAGGUUGCACAACUAGUUGCAGAUGAUCCAGCUGAGCAGAAACUGGUGGUGGUGUCAGCCAUGGGUAGCCAUCCCACAUCCCCAGUCAAGGUCACUGACCUGCUGCUCAACAUGGUAGCCAAGGCCAGCCAACAAGACCAGGCUUUCCUGAUCGAUCUGGCUGCGCUUCAGGAAAAGCAUGUGGAGACAGCAAAGCUCCUCCUUGGCGAGGGCAAGGAGCUGAAUCAGUUUGUGUCACGGCUCCUGGAUGACAUCGCCAACUUGAAAGCCAUGCUGCAUGCCAUCUCCAUCGCGGGCAUGGUGGCGGAAGCGUUCUCGGACUUUGUGGUGGGCCACGGGGAGCUCUGGUGCGCGCAGCUGCUGACAGCCACGCUAAAGAAGAUGGGCGUCUCAUCGGCCUUCAUGGACACGCGAGAAGUCCUGGUCGUGACUCCCACUUCCGAUGGCAAUUCUGUUGACGUGGAUUACGAGGAGUCCAACGCCCGCCUGGACAAAUGGGGCCAGAAGCAUGGCUCUCCCUCUGUGGUUGUGGCGACUGGUUUCAUCGCCAAGAAUCCGGCAGGGCAGGUCACGACGCUGCGGCGGAAUGGCUCCGAUUACUCAGCGACCAUAAUGGGAGCGCUGGUCCAGUCAUCCAACAUCAUCAUCUGGACGGACGUCAACGGCGUCUACAGUGCAGACCCCCGCAAGGUUGGGGAGGCGGUGUGCCUGGAGAGCCUGAGCUACCACGAGGCAUGGGAGCUGUCGUACUUUGGCGCGAGCGUGCUGCACCCGCGCACCACCAUGCCCGCCAUGAAGUACAGCAUCCCCAUCACCAUCCGCAACUUCUUCAACCGCCAGGCCCCCGGCACGGUGAUCAGCGACGCGCAGACGGACGUGGACCGAACGGGCGUGGUAAUGGUGAAGGGAUUUGCCACGAUUGACAACGUGGCGCUGAUCAAUGUGGAGGGCACCGGCAUGGUGGGAGUGCAAGGGACGGCCUCGGCCAUCUUCAGCACCGUGCGGGACGCGAAUGCCAACGUCAUCAUGAUCAGCCAGGCCUCCUCGGAGCACUCGGUCUGCUUUGCUGUCAAGCAGGCCGAGGGAGACCGCGCCGUGAACGCACUCAACGCCAGGUUUGGUGAGGCGAUAUCGGCGGGGCGCAUCAGCAGGGUGGAGAAGAUCGACAACUGCUGCGUGCUGGCGGCUGUGGGCCACCAGAUGGCCUCCCGCAAGGGCGUUGCCGCCACCAUGUUCUCCGCCCUCGCCAAGGCCAACAUCAACAUCCGGUCGAUCGCGCAGGGGUGCAGCGAGUACAACAUAACGGUGCUGAUCGACCAGAAGGACAGCAUUCGGGCGCUGCGUGCGGUACAUGGCCGAUUCUACCUCGCCACGCUGCCCCUGGGCGUCGGCAUCAUCGGCCCAGGCCUCAUCGGCGGCACCUUCCUCGACCAGAUCCAUGCCCAGAUCACCGAGCUCCGCGAUGAGUUUGACAUCGACGUGAGGGUGCUGGGCAUCAUGUCCUCCUCACGCAUGCUGCUGUCCGACACCGCCCUGGACCUCUCCACCUGGAGGGACCAGUUCCAAGAGGCUGGGCAGGUGGCGGAUAUGGGGGUGUUUGCGGACCACUUGGCGGGUCACUACGUGCCCAACUCGGUGAUCGUCGACGCGACGGCGUCGGAGGUGCCGGCGGCGCACUACCUGGAGUGGAUGCAGAAGGGGCUGCACAUCAUCACUCCCAACAAGAAGCUCAACAGCGGGCCCCUGCAGCAGUACCUCGCCCUGCGCCAGUUCCAGCGCGAGUCCUACAUACACUACUUCUACGAGGCGACGGUGGGCGCGGGGCUGCCGGUGAUAGCGACGUUGAGGCAUCUGGUGGAGACGGGCGACAAGAUCCUGCGAGUGGAGGGAAUUUUCUCGGGCACCCUGUCUUACAUAUUCAACUCCCUGGCCCCAGGAACGCCCUUCUCCGACGUGGUCGCGCAGGCCAAGGCGCUCGGCUUCACAGAGCCCGACCCGCGCGAUGACCUGGCCGGCAUGGAUGUGGCACGAAAGGUCACCAUCCUUGCCAGAGAGACGGGCAUGAUGGUGGAGCUCGGGGAUGUGCCGGUGUACAGCCUGGUCCCGGAGCCGCUGCGGGAAAUCGCGUCGGCCGACGAAUUCAUGGCGGCGCUGCCGCAGUACGACGCUGAUAUGGCCACGCGCCUCGAAGAGGCCAGCGCCGCCGGCGAGUGCUUGCGCUUUGUCGGGGUGGUGGACUGCCAGGCGGGCUGCGGCAGCGUGGAACUGCGGCGGUAUCCGCUCUCGCACCCCUUCGCGCAGCUGCAGGGCUCCGACAACAUCAUUGCCUUCACCACGCAGCGCUACAAGAACCAGCCCCUCAUUGUCAGGGGUCCCGGUGCUGGCGCUGAAGUGACAGCUGGAGGUGUAUUCAGCGAUCUCCUGCGGCUGGCGGCAUAUCUUGGGGCGCCCUCGUAA